ACUCGUCACUCGUCAGUCUGUCACAGUCACGACCACAGAUAAGUUGAUUCGUGUUUGCAAAAGCAAAGGGUGUGUGCCCGUUAAAAAAUCGCGUGUGUUCAUACAUGUGGUGGUUAAAAGUGUGUAGGGCUUGAAGUUUAACAUAUUUGAUUGGAUACUGUUGAUAUAAACACAAGAUGCCGAAACAAAUGAACGUUCGGGUGACCACGAUGGACGCCGAGCUGGAGUUUGCCAUCCAGCAAACGACGUCCGGCAAGCAGCUGUUCGACCAGGUGGUGAAGACGAUAGGGCUGCGCGAGGUGUGGUUCUUCGGUCUCCAGUACACCGAUUCCAAGGGCGAUCUCACGUGGGUGAAGCUAUACAGGAAGGUGAUGAGCCAGGACGUGAAGAAAGAGAACCCGCUGCAAUUCAAGUUCCGCGCCAAGUUCUAUCCCGAGGACGUCGCCGAAGAGCUCAUCCAGGACAUCACUUUGCGACUGUUCUAUCUGCAAGUGAAGAACGCUAUCCUCUCCGACGAGAUAUACUGCCCGCCCGAGACGUCGGUCCUUCUGGCUUCCUACGCCGUUCAGGCUAGGCACGGGGAUUUCCAGAAACUGUUGCACAACUCGGGCUUCCUGGCCAACGACAGGCUGCUGCCCCAAAGGGUUAUGGAUCAACACAAAAUGUCGAAAGACGAAUGGGAGAACAGCAUAAUGACAUGGUGGAAAGAACACAGGGGUAUGCUGAGGGAGGACGCCAUGAUGGAAUAUUUGAAAAUAGCACAGGAUCUGGAAAUGUAUGGCGUCAACUAUUUCGAAAUUCGAAAUAAGAAAGGGACAGAGCUAUAUCUUGGGGUAGACGCCUUAGGAUUGAAUAUCUACGAGAAAGAUGACCAGCUAACGCCGAAGAUCGGCUUCCCGUGGUCGGAAAUCCGCAACAUUUCCUUCAACGAUCGCAAGUUCAUCAUCAAGCCGAUCGACAAGAAGGCGCCGGACUUUGUGUUCUUCGCACCGCGCGUGCGCAUCAACAAGCGCAUCCUGGCGCUGUGCAUGGGCAACCACGAGCUGUACAUGCGCCGGCGCAAGCCUGACACCAUCGACGUGCAGCAGAUGAAGGCGCAGGCGCGCGAAGAGAAGCAGGCCAAGCAGCAGCAGCGCGAGAAGCUGCAGUUCGAGAUCGCGGCGAGAGAGAAGGCGGAGAAGAAGCAGCAGGAGUACGAAGACAGGAUAAAGGCUAUGCAGGAGGAGAUGGAGCGCAGUCAAGCCAACCUGGUGGAAGCCCAGGAGAUGAUCAGGCGGCUGGAGGAGCAGCUGAAGCAGCUCCAGGCGGCCAAGGAGGAGCUCGAGCAGCGGCAGAACGAGUUGCAGGCGAUGAUGGAGAGGUUGGAGGAGAGCAAGAACAUGGAGGCGGCCGAGCGGCAGAAGCUCGAGGACGAGAUCAGAGCGAAGCAGGUGGAGGUGAUGCGCAUACAGGAAGAGGUGGAGGCCAAAGACACGGAAACCAAGCGGCUGCAAGAGGAGGUGGAGAACGCCAGACGCAAGGAGGAGGAGCUGCGGCAGCAGCAGCUGGCCACCGCCGCCAAGGGCCACCUCGAGGAGAACGAGCACAACGAGGAGGACGACGAGGCCGUCAACGGUGAUGCCGGCAGGGAUCUGGCCGUCGACGAGAGCAUCGUCGAUCCGAUCGAAGACAGGCGCACGCUGGCCGAGCGAAAUGAACGGCUGCAGGACCAGCUGCUGGCGCUGAAGAAGGACCUCGCCCUAUCCCGCGACGACACGAAAGAAACCGCCAUGGACAAGAUCCACAGGGAGAACGUACGUCAGGGCAGGGACAAGUACAAGACGCUGCGCGAGAUCCGCAAAGGGAACACCAAGCGCCGCGUCGACCAGUUCGAGAACAUGUAAUCUCGGCCGUCGAAACGACAAUGCCUGCGCCGCUGUUCUGUUGUGUGUAGGCACAGGGUAGUACGUGCCGAGGAUGGUUCGCUGUUUGUGUGGGCGCGAAUUCAAUACUACCCGAACUAGAGACAAUAAUCCGUGCGGAAACAAGUUGACACAUAAUUUUCGGCCGAGAGCACAUUGAAACAGCGAAUCACUAUCGGCCCCAACAGUCAAUUGCUUUACAGUGUUUUUUUUUCGAUCAAAUUUCCGCCACCCGCAUUUUUUAUGGUUGAUCACAGCAAACUAUCGUCUGAUGACAUCAAAUAUUAUUACAAUAGUUAUUAUACUCAUUGUCUACCAAUUUAUUUCUGUAGUAAUGACUUUGAGCUGAACAUACUUGUUCAUAAUACAGUGUAUCACAAUUUGGUCCAUCCGAACCCACCCGUGUACUUUCUAGGGCGAUUUGAAAAAUUAUUUCCUAUAAACAUAUUUUUUUGGCCUACUGGGAUCAUAAAAACUCCAUCAAAAUUGAGGAAAACGCAUGAGGCAUUCUCUUUUACUCAUAUUCUGAUUAUGGCAAUCGAUUUGGACGAGUUACAAAUACUGCUAUUCCAAUUUUCAAAACAAUAUCUCAUAAGGGGUGUUUUUUAUCAACGUUACAAUUUUUCAAUAAUUGCAUUGUUCAGUCACCGUGUAUGAUAGUUCUUGAUAAAAUUAUUCUAGUCGAGAUUUGAUCAUAUGUCUACAGAGUAAGAUAAAUUACGUAUAAAAUCACUAGAAAUUAAAAUUUAUAAUGAAAAAAUGAAAAACUGAAUAGUACCAAUCGAAAAAUAACAUCAGAAGAUUAUAAAAAUAAUGAAACAGCAGCGAUUUCUAACAAGUUCAGAUUUUUAUAUUCUCGAUCAAAUCUACUUCAUUCUCUAUGCACUUUCCAUAUCUCUUUCGCACGCUAUUUUCAACUCUCCUCAGUUCUUCUGGUGGUAUUUCUCUGCAAAUAUUUCAUGGCCUGAAUUUUUCACUCUGUAGCCAGAUUAUCUAAUCCUGACUACCAUAAUGUCUGGUAUUAUUCAAAUUCUUGAAAGAAUUAUACACGGUGACUUGAAGAAUGCAAUUAUCCAAAAAUUGUAACUUUGAUAAAAAACACCCUUUAUGAGAUAUUGUUUUGAAAAUUGUUAUUGGGGUAUUUGUGGCUAGUCCAAAUCGAUUGCGAUCAUCAAAAUUUCUGAAUAAAUAAUGUUUAAUCCGUUUUCUUCAAUCUUGCUUGAGUUAUUGGGAUCGCAGUAGGCUAGAAAAUUGUGAUUCAUUUCUUUUUCUUGACAAAGUAGAUAAUUUUGAGUACUAUAUUAUGAGAAAAAAGAAUUCUCAAAUCAUCCUAGGAAUGCGAAAGUACAGGAGUGGGGAGGUCCAAAUUGUAACACACUGUAUAACAAUGAUACACAAAUGUUUGAUUCGCAGUAAUAAGAUCAAAAACUGGAAAAGUAAUGUGGCUGUAAUAUCAUCAGACUACACCUAUUCUACGUCAUCAACUCAACCAAUAUACAGGGUUAUUGGUAAUUCGGUACAUUCCUUUGGAGAUGUGAUAGGGAAGGUAGUAGGGAGUGAAUUUGACCCUAAUAUGCAUUCGGCAAAAGUAAAUAGUGUUUGAGAUAUUUGAAUUUUUCUGUUUAUCUGUUUAUUUUUUAACCAACAAAAAUAUUUAUUCAUUUCAGUUAUUGCAUUACAUUAUUUCCUCCAUUGAUACAUUUUAUACAAAUUAUAUAUAAAGUAUAAUUAAUUUUCUAGUAGGAAUGACAAGAAUGAUCAGACAGUAAUUCCUGGUAUAUGAUCAUUCAUGAAGUAUUAUCGACUGUUGUAUAAUUGAAAUUACAAAUAGUAAACAAAACUUGCAUAUCAUUAUUAUAUCUCAAAAUAACAGUACUCAUAUUAUAGUGAACAAG